GCCGAGCCCCAACUAGUGUGUUCCUGCUGAGCUGUGCUGAGUCGGCAGGCGAAAUUGUUUUAUGAGGAGCUGCAUUAUAAUCUGCCCCACCGGAGGCAGAUUAGAGCCAGAGGCACUCGAGAAUGCCUCAUGAGGGCACAAAAUAAAAGUUCCCAGGCGGAAUGCGUGAGAUUAUGGUAAUCUUUGUCGGUGUGAGCGUUUUCCCAUUCUUGUCAAUGGCUUGACCAACAGUUGGUCGAAAGAUAAGAGGCUAUUACUGGCGGAUGAGUUUCGGCGAAGCUAUAAGUGGACCCACGGCAGGUGCGACGCCCUCAGUUGUCCAGGAAGCGACGGCCAUGAAAGGAAUCGUGCUCAUGCUGCUCUGCGGCGCGCUUGUCGCGUCCGCUGUCAACCUGCCAGGAGUGCCUGUUGACUUUGAGGUGGACGACAAAGUGCUGUCCGCCAUUGCGGACGACGUUGCGGAUCGCCUCGCCAAGGAAUACCUCACCUACAUGAAGACGGGCGUGGAGACGUCGGCCUUCAAGACACUGACCUCGCAGCUGGCCAAGUCGCACAGCCAGAAGGACAUUUUCACGCGGAAUCUGCCCGAGCUGGAGCCUCGCGACAGCUUUUUUGUGUGCGUUGCCUGCCGUUCAGUGAUGCGCGUCUUUGCCAAGACCAUCCGGGAGGAGGAUGGUGAACUCCACGGCGAGGAUAGUGCAGUGUUCAUGAAGAAGUUCGCCAUGGACGUGUGCAGGCGCCUCAACCUGCAGACCGAGGAGGUGUGCGAGGGCCUGAUCGACUCCAACAUGCCCAGUGUCGAGUACAUCAUGCGCAACUCUGAGAUCGACUCUCAGAGCUUCUGCUCGCUGUUCAUGGAGUUUAGCUUCUGCAACACUGGCUCCAACCAGGACUACAACUGGACUCUGACUGUGGACUCCACGGGCGAGGCCAUCACCGGCCCCAAGGCGGACACCCCUCAGGCUACCGGCUCUGACCUGAAGAUCUGUCAUUUCAGCGACAUCCACCACGACCCGUUGUACGAGCCCGGCAGCCUCGCCUCCUGCGCUGAGCCAAUGUGCUGUCAGCGGAACAAGGACACGGUCCAGGGAACCAGCGAGGCAGCAGGCUACUGGGGUGACUACCGCGACUGCGACUUGCCAUGGCACAGUUUGGAAUCGGCCCUCGAUCACGCCGUGGCCACCGAGAAGUGCGACUACGUCUACCAGACGGGUGACAUUGUUGACCACAUGGUCUGGGCCACAUCUGUGGAGAAGAACACCGGAGUACUGACCAAGGUCAGCAGCCGUCUAAACGAGGCAUAUCCCGAUGUUCCCAUCUACCCCUGCAUAGGCAACCACGAGCCCCACCCACUCAACCUCUUCAGUCCUGAGGGAGUGCCCGAUGAUGUCAGCACCAAGUGGCUGUACGAGCAUCUGUACAACGACUGGUCCAAGUGGCUGCCGGUCGAGACGAAGGAAACGAUCCUCAAGGGCGGCUACUACACUGUGUCCCCGCGCCAGGGCUUCCGCAUCAUCGCCCUGAACAGCAACGACUGCUACACGGACAAUUUCUGGCUUUACCACAGCGGCACGGACAAGAUCCCACAGCUGCAGUGGUUCCACGACACGCUACUGGCGGCGGAGAAGGCGGGCGAAUAUGUCCACAUUCUCACACACAUCCCCUCGGGCGAUGGCACCUGCUGGUCCGUGUGGGCCCGCGAGUUCAACAAGUGCAUCACACGCUUCCGCGGCACCAUUAGCGGCAUCUUCACCGGCCACUCGCACAAGGACGAGCUGUUUGUCUACUACUCGGAUGAGGGCCAUGCCACCGCUGUGGCCUGGAACGGCGGUGCUGUCACCACCUACUCCGAUAAGAACCCCGACUACAGGGUCUACGACAUCAGCUCCAAAGACUUUGGCGUUCUCGAUCACCGCACCUAUAUUUUCAACUUGACGGAGGCCAAUCUGACGCCCGAUAAGCAGCCCGAGUGGUUCUUGGAGUACGAGUUUGCCAAGGAGUUUACAGGGGACACCAGUCCAGCGGGAAUCGACAAGCUGCUGGACGAGUUUGCCGACAAUCCGCAGCUCAUGAGGAAGUACUGGCGCUUCCGUGUGACUUCUGCCGAUCCGCAGAUUAACCGCGGCUGCGAUCGCAACUGUCUGGCUGGAUCCCUCUGCCGCGCCUCCGUGACCAUCAACAACCAGCGCGAACGCUGCGAGGAGCUCAGGGAGCGACUGUUUUUGGCUCUGGACAACGAGGAGACCACCGGACCAGGGGACGAUGAUGAUGAUGAUGAUGAUGAUGGAGGAGCUUCUGCCCUGGGCCUGCUCAGCCUCAGUUCUCUGCUGGCUGUGGCUCUGUCCGUUCGCUUAACCUUCUAAGCAUACUCGUAGCUCAUAAGUUAUAUAAUUCCAUUUUGACUGUAUCCCGCCCCAACCCCAUCCCAAUCCACCCAAUCAGUGGCAAAUAGAAAUUCGCGCUUAUCCCUAUCGAA